GUAGAGACGGGCAGAGAUCACUAAAAAUUCAGGGAAAGGGAAAAAGAACACUCAGGGAGCUAAGAGAGAGGAGGGAGAGAGAGAGAGUAAGAUGGGGAGUGGUGUCUGAGAUCUUCCUCGCUGUGCUUUGCCAGACAUUUCAAGGCAAAAUUUCGAUACUUUGGCGCCCUUUCUCUAGAGGGUCUUCUUGUUCUCUCCGAAUCUCUCUUUCCCGAUUCCCGUCUCCUUCCCUGCUGUGCGCUGAACAAUGGGCGUUGAGGUUGUUGUAGCAUCUGAUGUGGCCGCUCAAGUUCCAAUUGAUGCUGUGACCGAAGUUGAAAAGUCAAUUCUGCAUGAAAUGGAGAAUGGGGAAAUGAAUAAAGGGUCGGCACCAAAUGAGGCCAUCAAAUUCGGUUCUGAUAGAUGGGAGGUAGAGAAGGGAGUUGGGACCGAUGCAGAUACCGAAGCUCGUAGGAACGCUGUUGGUGAGUGGCCUACUAGUGACGUGGUCCAUGUUUUCUACUUCCCAAAGAUAUUGAAGGCCGAUAAUUCCAGAUAUAGGCUCCAAAUUGAAGAAGUUGAUAGGGAGAUAACAAAGAAUCAUGAGUCUUGGUAUCAGGCUAGGGAUCGUCUGAGACCCUUAAAGGAUGCUCGAUCAGUGGUGGUUGGCGAGCUGAAGGAAUUAAGAACUAGGUUCUAUGACCUAAAGGACAUCAUGGGUGAUAAGAGAAAGGAAAUGCAGCCUCUGCAGCAGGCAUUGGGGAAGCUCCAAAACAAUAGUAAUGGUCAUGGUGGUAUAUUCACAUCAGAGGAAGAGCUCGAUGAAGCUAUACGCCGCUUGCAGUACUACAUUCAGCAUGAAAGCAUCCCGUUGUCUGAGGAAAAGCAAGUACUCAGAGAAAUAGCACAGCUAAAGGGACAAAGACCAAAUAUUAUUGCCAAUGUUGCCAUGAGAGCGAAGAUUCAGGAAUCAAUGGGUCAGAAAGAUGACAUUCAAGAUCAGGUCAAACAUAUGAAUGUUGAUUUCGAUGGACUGAAGAAGGAGCGUGAUGCAAUGUCGGAGAAAAUUAAAAAACUGAAUGCAAAAGUUGAAGCUUUAGACGAAGAGAUUAAAGUUAUCGAGGAGGAACAAACAGCUAUUAGGCUGAAGAGGGAUGAGCUUCUUGUGCGGCUUGGAAAAUUAAGGGCACUAAGUGAUGAAUUGAACGCACCACAUCUUGCUUUGCGUGGGAUCCUGAACCAAGCAAAACAACUUGCUGUUAAAAAGGAUGCGCAGGGUAUUCAGCAGCUUGCAAAUGCAGAGAUGGAGAAGUUUAUGUUGCAAUGGCGCGAGAAGGCCUUUAGGGACGAUUACGAGAAGCGACUUAUUUGGAAUGAGUCCCUCGACGAACGAAAAUUGACUCGUGAUGGCCGAACGAGGAACCCCGAUGAGAAGCCUAUAGCGGUAGUCAUGAGACCGGCCCCUUCCCAGGUUGAACCGAUGGUCAAGCCCCUUAAAAGGCCCGAGGAAUCUUUACCUGCUAAAAAGGUCCAGAAAAAGACGGAGCAAAUCGAGGAAGCCGAGGAUGAGGUGGCAGGAUUAGAAAAGAUACAACAAAAGACUUUACCACAGGUUGAUGCAGCGAAGUUGAAGGAAAUGAAAAGAGAAGAGGAGAUAGCGAAAGCUAAGCUAGCCAUGGAGAGGAAGAAGAAGCUGGCUGAGAAAGCUGCUGCUAAAGCUGCCAAGAGGGCUGAGAAGGAAGCCGAGAAGAAGCUCAAGGACCGGGAAAAGAAAUUGAAGAAGAAGACCGCAGGCUCUGGAUCGUGGAAUGAGGAGGAUAAAGUAGGCGAAGAAUCUGUGGAGGAAUCAGAACCGGAAGAAACAAAGGGGGCUGCUGCCCCUGCCCCUGUGAAGGAGCAAGUUAAGAAGGAGAAUCCUGCCAGGUACAGGAACCGACCCAGGAGCUUGGAAGCGGUACCCAGAGCUCUUCUGAAGAAGAAGAAGUCGAUCAACUACUGGUUGUGGGCUGCUCCUGCUGCCUUGCUAGCUGUUUUCUUGGUGUUCCUUGCGUGCUGCUGUCUUCUCUAAAUGAAGCGGCAGUGAGCAGUAGUUAUGGUGUAACUAACUAAUGCUGUCCUUUUCGUAAUGGAGUAGAGUUACAGACAGAGAGGGUAAUGGAGGCUUGGUCUCAUUCAGCUUGCAUCUGCAGUGGUGAAAGGGAACUUGGUCCGGAGGUUAGAGCCGACUUAUGAUGACCAGGGAGUAGCUUAGUUUUCAGAGUAGUUAGGGAGGCUGCUAAAAGAUCAGGAGAUAAAAAAAGGAACAAUUUAGGACAGUAACUAUAUAGUGUUUUCUUCUUUUUGUUCAGAUUUUGUUGUUUUCAAAUUUUGAGAAGUGACUUAUAUUUUAUUCAUUUGUGUUCUGAUGUUUGUUUUUGGGUGACUUGUUAUGCAGCAAAGGGUAGUUGUUCAAAGGUUCUGAGAGCUUUUUGCAUCUUCUGGUAAUUUGAUAUGUUAUAAUGUCUUGCUAUGUGGCAAAAAUAAAACUAGCCUAGGUGGUUGAGUUGGUCCUGAAGAAGGCCUCGGAUUCGAAUCUAGUGACGUUGGCUGGAAUUCGGUCAAUGAACUCGAUGAGUCUAUAUAACAAAAUUUCAUUGAUGACCA